AUGUUACUACGUCAUUCUCGUCUUUCAGGCUCUGUGAUCCACGGCAUUUUUAUCAUUUUGGCUGCUACUUGUGCUCUAGGCGAUCCUAAUGAUUGGGUCAACAUUGACUAUAUCAUUUCACAGUCGUCAGCCGACAGCUCAAGCGCGCUCGUCUCUUCAACAAAGGAAGCACAAGCGGGUAUCAUUCGAAGUGCAACCGAUUUGGCUAGUAAAGGUCCUUGGAGCGUGGUCGACUCCUCUCAAAUUCCGUUACCUCCCAGCCAAAACCCACACGACUAUUUGAGCUGGGCACCAUAUCACUGGCCCCAAUGUAAUUGGUGCAGUGCAACUGGGCGCACCCAUCUUGUUCACACUGGAGAUAGCUCAAAAAAUGAUUCUAAAAGCAAUACAAGUGAAACCGGUCCCGUCGAAGGAGAAGAUUAUAAUGAAAGUAAAUUCUCGCAAUUCUUCGUACACAAUUACGGGAGCAACGGUUCUAUUAUCUCGUUAACUUCAAUCUCUGCUAUUCAGACUGCUGGUGACAGGGGUUCAACUUUUCUGCAUACUACCACCGCCAUCACUGAGGCUGCUGCUUCCCCAAAACCGACUUCGACUGUUGUUCUCGAUUCUCCAAUGUCAUCUUCAAAUCCACCUUCAACAUCAAAUUCAAAAUCUGCUGGACUAGCUCAAGCCGCAGCGAAAACCACAGAAUCCUCAUGCACUGCCUCACCUACCAGAGCCUUAGCUCCUAGCGCAACCUGGACGACUUGUAGCUAUAUCAGCAAAGACGGUUUUGUCAACCCCGACACCCGAAUGUUGAAAGGACCAGACGCAAUCAACGCUGUUUCUCAGGCGGCGCUUUACAACGCCGUUGCGUAUGCGUUACAAAUGACUUCUAAAUAUUCCAAAAAUGUUGCAACUUUCGUGGAUACUUUUUUCCUGAAUACCUCAACAAAAGUGAAUCCGAAUGUGGAUUUUGGUCAGAUUGUCCGAGGACCAGGCGAAUCCGGACGCACUGGAACAUUCACUGGAAUUCUUGAUCUUCGUGGCUUGGUUAAGAUUGUGAACAGCGUUUCUAUCUUGAAGGCGUUAGACAGCCCAGAUUGGUCGAAAGACAGAGACAACAAAUUAAUCUCCUGGUUUUCUACAUACAUCACUUGGUUAUCUACCAGUGGUAUAGGGCAAAAGGCUGGCACUCGUCCAAACAAUCAUGCGACAUUUUAUACAUCACAACUUGCAGCGGCCAAAUUCUAUACAGGAGAUCGUGCAGGCGCCAUCACUGAUUUAAAACGAUUUUGUUCAACGACUUUUCUUGACCAGGUGGCCAAAAAUGGAGAACAACCAUUUGAAGCUGUGCGCUCUCGGCCAUUCCAUUAUCGAUGCUUCAAUCUAGAGGCUUUGAUAACCAACGCGAAAUUGGGAGAUCAGAUGGGUAUCGAUUUAUGGUCGUGCAAGUCACGAUAUGGGGCUACCAUACAAACCGCCCUUGAUUUUCUGAUGACUACGGAUCCUGGGGAAGAAGACAAAUCUCAACUGAACCCACAUGUCGCAACGAUUUCAUCGGUAUAUGGAGACCCAACGGGAAAGUAUAUGUCGUUCCUGAAGGACAACGAACCGAACUAUCAGAGAAAAGCAUAUUGGUUUUAUGACCAGACAGCAGCAUUUUCAGUUGCUCCUGCUUCAAGGAAGAAGGCUCGAUCCAUAAUAUGGAAGAAGGAAGUUCCAUUGUUGCUAUCCUCUAUCCCUGCAUCCGGAGUGAAUGUUACAUUCGUGUGCCCUGCUGUCUUUCAAGAUGCGGCGGCUGUUGAGAUUGAAGACGAUGUAUUUGUGACUUGCGACCAGCUGCGUCCUUUCUACGAGGAUGGCAUAUAA